UAACUAAUCGGAAAAAAUAACCAGUGAUUAGUCGACUGUUAAAAUAACCGUUUGUGGCAGCCUUUGCGACAGUGUGAUCUCUAUAUGCUAAAAGCGAAGCUUGAACGUGGGGCCGAUGUGAACGCAUCACAAUUAAACUGCAACGCAAAGACACAAAACCACAUGAAGACACAAUAUUAGCACAAAAGUGGAUGUUGUAUAGCAAAAAGUGUAAAAGUACUUUGUUUUAUUGGUUUUGACAAGAUUAUAAAUCCUAAAUGGAAGCUAACAACAGGGAAGCUAAUGACAGACAUUUGUGAUGAAUGUAUUAUUGAGCUGUCAUGUUGCUGUUGCUCCUUCACUGAAUCUUUUUCUUCCUCAGAGGAGGAAUAAUUUUAGUUUUUUUUUUCAUAGUUUGGGGGCUUUUCUGGGGCCAGCAGGGAACAUAUUGGCUGAGCUCACCAAGGUGUGCUAAUGCCUGGUGGGCAAGUACUUUAAAUGCUAAUUCUUCCCGCCUUCCGUCUUGUAGUCAAACAUACCAGCCGGCCCGCUAACUACCUGUGAGCCAAUCUCUUCCUCCUCCUCCUCCUCCUCCUCAGUCGCCGCGCGCCUGUUCCCCGCCGAGUGACCGCCACAAACAAACACAAGCACCCUGUCAAACGGCUAAUCCAGCCGCCGCGCGCUCAAACGCACUGUACGUGUCGUGUGCAGCCGCUCAAUGAGCAGUCACGCGGCUCUGACACUUUUGAGGGAGCGCACGAGACGGAAAACGGCGUUUUAGGCAGAGAGCCGAAAAAAAAAGAAAAAAAAGAGGAGAGGCCCAGCAUGCAGCUAAUGGCCGUCCGGCUGACAGCUCCAUCACAGGCUUAAGCGGCCGCCUAGCUUGGCUGCUUUGCAUCCGUCUGACAGCUUCGGCGCUUCUGCCUAAAAGGUAGAUUAUGCAAACGUUCGGUUCACUGGCCGCCUUCACCUCCAGCACCACCCCGAUGCCGCUCCCCUCCUCCCGCCUUUCAGGUUGCGCUGUCCUGGUGUUUCUGUGAUUGGAGGCCUUCCCGCGGGGAGCCGACAGGUAAUUCUGUCCACGUGUGAUGAGACGUGAAUAAUCGGCCAUUUUCAGCCCUACCAGCUUCCCGCUCGUCCUCCGGGUGAUAAUUAACCCCUUAAUUCUGCCGCUUUGCUGAAAACUUCAGCAGCUGCUGAAACACACACACAAACACACACUUCUCUCAUGGACUCCCUCACUAAUUUAUUUCAUUUACAGACUCAAAUGAAUCCCAACAGGAUUCUGAUGCUCAAAUUUCAAAGACUAUCCAACUUUAGGUGUUUAAAGUUUACUUUUUUUUUUUUUUAAUUUUACUCAUUUUUUAGAAACAUUUUUCACAAGUGUAGGAGCACACACACAAACAGGCUGCAGGUCAAUUAAAGGCUGACGGUCGAAUCAGCCAACAGUCCAUUAAGUCGUCUGUGAGGCUGAUUUAGAGGUCGGAACCCCGCAGAGAUGCUCCCUUGUCCUUCAGCAAGGACAAAUGCACGGCUGGAGUCCCGAUCCAGCACAGAGGUUCUACUUGGAACCAAAGAACCGGCAAGACAACGGAACCACGAGACACAAGGUUUUGUCCACCAGAGGGGUCCUCCAGGGACCUUUUGGCGUCACUCUCUCCCGGUGUUCUGGACGGAGGCUGUCUACAAACUUUCGGACACUCACGCUGAGAGAGGGAAUCACCGUGAAUCACAGGCUCCGCCCACUAGGACGCACCGGCAGCUGCAGUUUGGAGCUGAGCCGGUAACCGAACCAAACGCUCCUCCAGCAGCUGCGCCUGCAACUUUCUUCUUUGUUCCAAUCUGCGCUGGGUCGGGUCGACCCGGACCGCCGCCUCCCGGCUUGGCUGAGUCCAGUUCGAGCUGCAAGUUUAGAGAGAGAGAGAGGACAUUAAAGCAGUGAAAGUUGGACACAAGGAGCCGCGCGCAACGCAGCAGAAGACGCAAAAACUGAAUGAAGGUCCUAUCCGGACUCAGUGCGUAAAGGACGCACGUGUGCGCACGCGGUUCUGAUCCGGUUCGGACUGAGUAAGGAUGAAAGUUUGGAACCGGUCCUGCUCGCUGACUGUGGAGGAGCCGUGAGAAGUCCUGCCUCUCGGCUGCUGAAGAAGAGGUUCUGGACAUGUUUGUGGCCGCGCGCGAGAGCGGGACGAUGACGGCCGUGAACGCCGAGCAUCCAAAGUGAGUCAAAGUGUCUCGUGAGCGCGCCGUGCGCCGGAUCUGGACCGUUUUGGAUGCGCUCCGGCUCUGUUUGCUGAAGACAAGCGACUCGGAUGUUUGCCGGGACGCAGCGCGCUGCGCCGCCGCACAUGGAGCGCUCCGGGCGGCCGCUGCUCCUGCUGCUGCUCGGCCUGCUGCUGCGACUCUGCUCCGCCGUGACCGACGAGCGCCUCAUCUCCGACCGGUACGCGGUCUACUGGAACAGCUCCAACCCCAGGUUCUUUCGAGGUGACUACACGGUGGAGGUGGCGAUCAACGACUACCUGGACAUCUACUGUCCUCACUACGAGAGGCCAGAGCCAGCGGAGCGCAUGGAGCACUACAUCCUGUACAUGGUCAACUACGACGGGUACACGACCUGCGACCAUCACAGGAAGGGCUUCAAACGCUGGGAGUGUAACCGGCCCCAGAGCCCCAACGGGCCGCUCAAGUUCUCUGAGAAGUUCCAGCUGUUCACACCCUUCAGCCUGGGCUUCGAGUUCAGACCGGGACACGAGUACUACUACAUCUCGUCACCACAUCCCAACUUGGCUGGGAAACCAUGUUUGAAGCUCAAAAUCUAUGUCAAACCGACCAACGACUCGGUGUACGAGUCACCAGAACCCUUCCUGACGGACGACACCACCGGCGCGUGCAGCCUCACGCUGCCGUCCACCGUCCUGCUCAGCCUGCUCCUCAUCCUCCUCGUCCUCGCUUCCUCGUAGCAUUUCCAGGAGACCUCCUCCUCCUUCGUCCGUCGACCUCUGACUCUCGUUUGGUGAUCAACCGGCGCCGAGAGGAGUUUGGAACUUCCGCAAACAUCCUGGACGUUCAGCUCGAAGACGGAACUAUUCCGACUCCUAAAAAGGAAGCAGGAUUAUUUCUUUUGAAUCCAGAACUGUCAGUGCUGACGUUGUAGCUCAUCCGAGUACAGAAAACCUUCCAGUAACCCCUUUAACUAAAGCCAGCCUGAAGACCACAUCAAUGCUUUAACACCUUCCGAUCCACAAACAUUACAGUAGAUCUGCUCAGUUGUUAUCAUCAUUUGGAUCAUCUAGGAUCCACAGUUUUGCUAUUUGCAUGUUUUCCUCUGAGGCUGAUAAAUAUGUGCAGCAAUUAAUUUAAUUUGUCAGGAUAAUUAUGCGUCUGCAUCAUUCAAUGUUCAAUAUUCAAUAACCUAUGGUCGUGUUUGUUCUUACUACAGUAAAUGUGACUAGUCUGAUGACCUGACGUGUGUCCGGAUUUCGCUGACCUAAUAAGGGUAAAGCCGUCGAUGUGAUCUCACAGUGAGAUCACUCUUACCUCAAGAUGGCGCCCACAUUGGUGGAAUUUUGAAAACUUUUACCUCUGGCAGCUACAUGAACUGAAGAGUUGCCGUGGCAACAUAAAGUGAGAUGGGAAGCCGAGAAACUCAUUUGUAUAAAAAACAUUUUUUGAUGCUGGUGAGUUUUCCCACAAUCCAAUGUGAGCAGAAGUCAUGAAUUGAGCCGUAAUAACGAAAGAAAACUGUUUAUAGCAACAUGUAUUAUUGCCUUUACAUUUUUUAAAGUGGUUUGAAAAAACUGUUUUUAUAAAGUAAUUUUAAAAACUGCAGACAACUGGACCACAUUAACAAAAAAAAAAAGGCCAAUACUCCCACCUAGUGGUCAUAAUGCAGAAUGCAUCUCAGUUCAUUCAAGCCACAUCCAGCUGUUCUGUAACAAAAAACACAAAACAUUGCAAAUUUCAGUGACAAAAAAAUAUUAAUUUCUGUGUAUAUUUUCAUCUCAUUUUUAUGCAAAGUUAUCAAGCAAUUUGUAAAUAAUUGCAAAAUAAGAAUGUUGAUGUACUCUGAGAAUUUUAAUAAGGAGUAAAUAUUACAAUCAAACCUGCGACACACUAUAUAUAGGUCUUUUAUUUAAAUAAUUAUGAAAAAAAUAAUAAGAGAUUAGAUUAAACAUGAUUAUAAUACUCUUAUAAUCUCUUUAUUUAUCAAAAGGAUUUUUCUACAUUUUUCUAUGAGGCUUUAAGACUAUGAUGGUGAUGAGUUAAACCAGAGGUCUGCAACCUGAGGCUCUUCUACCCCUCCAUUGCUUUUACAAAUUUCAAUCGCACCACAAAAGUAAAAUGAACCCUUUUUUAUUUUUUUAUUAUUUUUAUUUGAAUGAUUUUUAUUAUUGUCUGCAACCUGCAGUUCUGGAGCCACUUGUGGCUUUUUUACCUCUCCAUAGUGGCUCUCUGGCUAAAAAAUAAAAUAAAUAUUAGUAUUUUUCAAGUAAGGGUUACUAAAUUAGGAUUUAUUUAAUUUAGAUUAGUUAAAUUUGUAAAAUUAUGGCUGAGGUGAACCUCAAAGAUAAACUAAGUAAAGGUUUUUAUAUCCUUGCUGACUUAUUUGCUCUAUGCUUCCUUUAGAAUAAACAUAUUUCAAAUACUAAGCAAAAUUUAAGUAAAAGGUUUGAUUCUUCAUUAGUUUAAAGCACAUAUUAUUUUAUGCUGUCCAGAGCGGCACUGGAAUUAUCCAGUCUGGCACAAGAUGGCUUUUAUUUUGAAAGGACAUCAUACGAGCUUCUGUCAAACAUAAAAAAUAAUUUUACUUGUAAAUAAAUGUUUUUGUUUCUUUUUAUUUUUCUGUUUUAUUCAUGCCACAAAAGAAGCAUAAUUCAAAUUCAUUAUUUAAAAAAAAUCAAGUAAAUUGUAAUGAAUGUAAAGCAGUAUCAAGAUAAAACUUUGCAGCUCCUAUUAAGUUUUGAUCAGUAGAAAAUUAUCCCAAAUGGUUCUUUUACUGUUAAAGGUUGCAGACCCCGGUCCUAUGAGGCACCAGGUGUCUUUUAUUUUGAAAGGAAGUCAUGUGAUCCUCAGCCAAAAAGUUAUUAAAUGUUCCAUAUUUUGAAAUAAAGGCCGUUUUCUGUUCAUGUUUUAUUUAUUUUUGGAAAAUGGUUGAUUUAUAUUCAUCAUAAUAAAUAUAAAUAUAUAUUUUUUUGUUUUUCUGAAGGGUGAAUUCAGACAUUAACCCUUUAACACUGGAGCUCCAGUGUUAAUGUUCUCUGAUUUAUUGUAACUUUUCAAAAGUUACAGUAUGUUAAAGAUUUUGUGUUACAGGGUUAAGCGCCUCUUUAAGUGUUGACGGUUGCAGACCCCUGAUCUAAAAGACGAGGCUUCAGAAACCAGACUGGACCUAAACGUUCAUAUCUGUGAACCUGCAGGAGUUCCUUUUGAAUGUUGAGCCUUUUUUUGAUCAUUUCUUACACUUGCAGGGAUUUCUUUUUCUAUUUUAUGACUGUAAAGUGAUCUUUAUGUUGUGCUAAAACAUUGAUGUGGUCUUUGGGGAAAAUAAAUCCAUUCAAUCAGGAACUUGAAGCCUCUUCUCAAGAAGUUAUCUCAUGGUUAUUCCUGUGGAGGUGGACAGAGGAGUCUGACCUUUAACCUUAAGGUCAGAUGAACUUGUAUUUGACGGACGGGACCUCGUCAGCCCAAAUCAAACUAUUUCUCUGGAUUGUAUCACUGGGCUUCAAUUCAAGAGGUUUAAACUCCACAGAAAGACUGAACUGUGUUGUUGCUAUCCUCACAUCUGGGCGCCACCAGCUGGAGGGCGUGGCUAACUUCUGACAUCAGAUCUCAAAAAUCCAGACGCUUUUCAGCCUUUCCUUUCUGUAAAUCUGCCAAAGACUUUUUCUUUUUUAGAAGAUUCUCAGUGGGCGGGGCUACAUAACAGCAAUCUUUGGAUUUGUGGGCCGGGUUUGAAAAAAAAAAAAAAAAAGGGGAGGGGCUUUAUUAUUUUUUUCUUAAUAAAAAUCGAAUGUUUUGUCGUAAAUCAAAAAUGGCCUUUUCUCCCCCCCGCUGGUGCUAAGUUUUUAUGGACUGUGGCGGCGACAUCGUGUGGUCACGCUCUUUGUCCCACCCACGUUUUUUUUGUUGUCCUCAUCUCUUCAUGCAGUUUCUCCAUCAGGAGGGGGCGUGUCCUUGCUAGCAGGGGCGUGCUGGAAAAUGCAGUAUAUGAUAUAAAUGCACUGUGAUGGUGGAUUACAGAAAACUUUACGAAAAGAAGAAAAACUCUGUUUCUUUAUUUUAUUUGUGCCAUUUUUCUUUUUGCAGAAAAUCCCAGGAGAAAGUUUAUAUGGAAAAUGACGUCUGAUGUUUGUUGUUGUCGUUGAUGCUGUAGUUGUUGUCUUCUUUCUGUUCUUGCUUGCAUCUCAAUGCAUUCUGGUCCCCGUAGUCCCGUGAAUUCUGGUUCUGUUGGCGAGUGACGCUUCAGUGGAUCUUAAUGGGUUUUUGUGGACUGAGUCGGUUUUUCGUAGCAUAAAGAAAAUGUAAAGGACUAUGUGAAAUAAAUGGGGGAAUUUUAUGUCAGAGUGAGACCUCCUUGCCAUCUCCGGAGAAGAAAAGCUUUUUUCUACAUCAAACAUCUGCAAAUUCUAUUCUUUCAAAUACAAAAUAAAAAAACUGUUUUUGUAUAUUUUCUUAUUGGAUGCUUAUAAAGUCAUGUUGUAAAGAAUGCAUUUAUCUGAUUGGCUGAAGAGCUAAUGAGAGGUCGGAGGUCGUUGGGUCUCCUGUGUUUUUGCAUGAGCAGGAAAAAUGUGACGGCAGAAAUCUAUUGAGUGAAUUUUAAUUUGAAAAUCUCGGAGAGAAAAUGUUAAGCUAUGAAAUUUGUGCUUGAUAGAUUCACCAAUAAUUGAAUAAAAGUCCCACGAGAGACGGUU